UAACAAAUAAUUUGAGCUCGAUGAAUUUAUGAAGUGCCGCCUGCCGUGAUGUUUCGCGGAUGCAUUUGAAGCAAAACAAAGAUCAGUCGAUUUUUUCGAGCUCGCCCGGUGAGAUGGAGGUUGAUGUAGAAGAUUCGCCGACCACAUCCCCCGCCAAGCAGAAUGGUAUGGUUGUCGAGGUGGCUGGUCCUGUCGUUAUACAGUACAAGGACAAGAAAAACAGGGAGAAGGACAAGAAGAUGAAGAACGACUGCUAUUGUUGGAUAUGUCACCACACAGGCAACAUGCUAUGCUGUGAGAGAUGUCCUCGAGUCUUCCACAUGAAGUGUGUUCCUCUAUCAGAAGAACCCGACGAUGAUUGGAUCUGUCCGUGUUGUGCUCAUCUCGAGGAGUGUAAGAAGCUUGGGGACCGCUCCAAAUGCUGCCGAACAAACCUUGCCAAGAUGCUGCCCUAUGCGCUCGAUCGUAUGUCAAGUAGUGGCACUGAAGCUUUCCAACAACCCGUGACUACUGAAGUGGCUCCCAACUACUUUGACUUUGUUCACUAUCCGAUGGAUAUGGGCACCAUACGACAGAAAGCGAAGGCAGGAGUAUGGCAAUGCACUCAACACUUCCUUGACAAUAGCCGGUGGAUUCUACACAACUGUAUUAUUUUUAACGGGGGUAAGAGUAGAUUGACAGCUUUGGCACGAACCGUGUACAACGUGUGUCAGCACGAAAUGUUGGAGAUCAGCCUCUGUCCAGACUGUUUCCUUAACUCAUGUACUGCUGAUAAAGACUGGUUUACUCGGCCCUGUAAAAAGACUCAUCGUUUGGUAUGGGCUAAGUUGCGAGGAUUUCCUUUCUGGCCAGCUAAAGUGUUGCAGCGACAGGGACAACAGAUCGACGUGAGGUUCUUUGGGCAGCACGAACGGGCGUGGGUCCACGAGAGCAACACUCUGGACAUCAGCGAGGAGCCCCCUGCUGGGAACCGGAACAAGGAAGCAGGAUCUAACAGAGUUCAGGCCGAGGAGGAAAUGAACCGAUACGUGGAGAAUCUCAAAAAAGCUGGCCGAUGGCCUAUUGAUUUGAGCAAGGUGAAAGAUGAGGUGGACCAGGAUGACCAGGAUGAAGAACGAAGUGAGAAGGGGAACAGUGAGAACACUGCGAACAGUGCCCCACGGAAGAAGAAAAAAGACAAAGCUCCUGUGAAAGAACCGGUCUCCAAGGCUCCUAAACUUAAGAUAUCCAGUAAUUCCUUGCUGAAAGACGAAAGAAUCAGCAAUGCUUUUAAGUUUGAAGAUUCUGAGCUAAAAGGGACUCCUCCUGUGAAGGCAGACAGACCGCCACAGCCCAGCGGCAAAAGAAGAAAAACUGACGAUAAAAUAAAGAUCGAGAUCGAACCUGAUCGAAUGAAGUUCAACAAGCAGAAACUUGCUUUCAAGAAAUCUACCAGUUACAGCAACUUGGUUAAUAACUCCACUUCGGCUCCCUCUGACAAUAUCGUUGAGAAAGUCUUCUCAGUCACCUCCAACGGAUGCAACGCUUGGAAAUAUCAGAACAAACUGAUGGAAGCAAUAUCCGGUAUGGUUGAGGAGAUGCUCGAGGAAACUAAACAGAAAUAUAAGACUGAAGCUGAGAAAGCAGUUGAAUUGGCUAAGAUGGCUGCUGAGCUGGAGAAAGAAACUUUCAAACUGGAGGUCAAACGUGAUAACAAGUGCCGGAGCUGUAAGAGCAAGUCGUCCAGUGAGAACUCGUCACGCCACGAGGAGGAGUUACGAACAUCGAUGGAGGAACAGCGCGUACAACUUGAGGCGGAGAAGGAUAGACAGAUCGAGGAGUUGAGACAACAUCUGACUGCUGAAAAAGAGAAAGCUAUUGUUGAAACUAAGAAAAGUCAAUGGUGCGCGAAUUGUAGUGGCCCAGCCAUGUACCACUGCUGCUGGAACACCAGUUACUGUGGCUACCCUUGCCAACGUGGUCACUGGCCACAACACAUGUACAAGUGCGAACAACAAAACAGUUCGAGGAAUUUGACAACCAAACCUCGCAACAUUCCACCAAUUCCAACAUCAAACUUGUAUCACAACACAGCUCCUCACUCACCUCACCCACGUCACCCGAACUCACCUGGGCAACAGAAGCCAACCUUAAACCUGAUGUCUGAAGUAACUAAACCUCGCCCAUACCGACCCAUAAAAAUGUUUCAAAACGUCACAUACCAAUCACCCCAACACUCACCUGCACCCCAACUUCACAAUCAGUUCCCAUACUCAUCAUGGUUAAAGAAAUCAAGCUCUCGUAGAUUGACUACACAAGAUGGUCAGAUGAGCGAAAUGGUGCUAGCUCGACGAGCUCCUGCUCAAUUUCCUAGUCAAAUACCUAUCUAUAAUUCCUCCAGCCUUCACCACAUUCAACCCUCAAACAUGUUCAAUCAAAACAUAGUCUCCCACCCUGCACCUCUCCACAAUCAGUUCCCACACUCUUCAUGGUAUAAAAAACAAAGCUCUUGCCGAAUGGCUGCACAAGCGGGUCAGAUGGACGGGAUGGUGCUAGCUCGGCAAGCUCCUAGCCAGAUACCUGGCUCUCCCUCCGAACAGAUCGCUCACGAACACAUCAACAGUCGUCCCGACUAGCGCUUCGCACUUGUCUAUAGGAACCCGAUCAUCAGAUGUACAAAGAAAUGUGACCAAACGAUGUGUUUCCAAGAUGUGCUCUUCCGUCUUUAUUGCUCUGUCAUGUGUCGUCGUGAUAUCGUCGUGUUACGACGACACGCCUGGUUUUGAUGACGUCACCCGCGUGGUUCUUAUGACGUCACAGCACAACAACGACUAAGCAAUCCUCGUGCAACUGCAAGAAAAUCUAACCUGCGCCUGACUGUGCGUCCUAUAUUUACGGAAUUUUAUCGCUGAAAAGUAAAACUGAUUUUUAAUUGUCGCUUUCUGUUAUUUUUUUUCUGAUUUUUCUAUCAAUCGAUAUAAAUAUGUUUUAGUAUUUAAAAGAACUUAUAAUACGAUAAGGUGUGAUCGAGUAAACGAUUUCUUUGGUCGUACCAACAGUCACAUUAAGGACUAGUUUUAACUUAUCAUCUAUGUGUUUUGUUCACUGAUUCUUAAUAUUUUUGGCUUUUUGAGCUGGCAAUCCUGUUCAAUCGGUAGGUUCGAAACGAGGAUCAUGGAUAAUGAUUUCUUCUCUUUAAACCUGUUGCUCAAAUUCGAUAAUGACCAGGUUUUCACUACACGGAUGAUAAUAACUUCUUUCAUUAUAUCCGUAUCAAUCCAAAUUAGUUCUGUUUUCUAGUUUCCUUUUUGUUAGAUGAAAAGAAAUUAGUUCUCAUUUGAUUUCAUUUUCUAUUUACAGCUAGCACCGUCACUGUAGGUAAUCUAAAACCAUGUACAUCUAAAAAUGUCUCUAAUUAAACCCGUCAUAUAAAAGGCUGUGAAACAUUUUUAUUAUGAUUGAUGAACCAAAUUGUCAUGAUUAUUGUAGAAUGUCGGUUGUUGUUCGUUCCGAAGUUCUGAUAAUAAUGAUAUUAAUAUACUCAGCAGUGUCUAUUUAGCAGGUCAGGGUUAAGGUUUGUAUUGUAUUCUAUUGAUAAUAAUAUGUAUAAAUGUUUCCGCUGGUUUGGAGCCAAGAAAGGUUUUAUUUUUACACGUGAUCACCGUUUUUUGCACUAUCGAUACAUCAGAACCGUUAGUUGUUCUGUCAUGUCACGUGUUUAUUUACAAGUUUGAUUUCCGACCAGCUGCGACAUGACCCGCUCAUUAUGUGAGUUAUUUUAUCGUCAUUUGAUUAAAGGGCAAUUUUUAGUUUUAUACCGGUUUUAUCUGCCAGACAACGAUUUUUCCCCGAGAUCGAGAAGACAAAAUAACCCGUUGAGAGACGACAUGCAUGCUUCAAUUUAUUUUGAUCUUGGCUAAGUUAUCAUGAUGGAUAGUAAUUAAUGUUAAUAAUGGAUCGUGUGUUUUAUUCGUAUGGAUAUUUGUACAGUUGUCUGCUUAAUGUUUAGAUUUGGGUUAUUUCGGGUGUAUAGUGGUGGCUUGUAAGCAUCAUUGGACAUGUGAGUCACAUAACAGGACGGGUACAGGACCAUUGGGUGUAUAAGGAGUCCAAUAAGCCCAACACUAAGCCAAGUUAGUUGGCGAGAUGGUCACUUGCAAGCUCGAUAGGACUAGGUUCAGGUCGAGAGGUCCAGGCUACAAAACAAAGCCAUAAUAUAAAGCUUAUAACAAAGGUCUGACUGGGAUUUCAGAGAAUGUUCCCUAAACAGCAAACUAAGAAAUGAAGAUGAUUUUGGUCAAAUUCCAUUAGUAUUUUAUGGAGAGCUUUUGCCUGUAUGUGGACAGUUUCUGGACUCAGGGACGUUGCUAAAUUACCUGCUGUGGUUACCAUAUCAUCAUUUGAGCUACUUAAUUCAAGUUCAUGCUACGGUGUAAGGGAAAUUUUUGUCCCAACAAAAUUGGGGAUUAGAUAUUUACUUUCUUGACUCUCGAGAUGUCUAGCAAUCAAUUGGUGGAAAACCCCUUUACAAUAAACUUUAAUCUGUAAUUAAGUACUUAAUGGAUUAACUUUUUGUUGCUAAUAAAUAUCGUUCACUUAAACUCUCGAUUUCUACUUCACAUCACGAAGUUUGGUUUUCAUUAAAAUUAUCAACCGAGUGUUGUGAUGCUGUAAAUUUUUGUGUUACUACCGUCGUGGGCUGAACUUAUAGUUGUCCGACCAUGUUAGUGGCAGUGCUGAAGGUGCCCCAAUGUGAGAAUAGUAUUGAGUAUGUUAAAAAUGUUUAUUACUUUUGAACACAAAUAA